AGUGCUGGCUUGUCACUCUGGUCUAAUUCUUUUAGAUCUCUUAGCCUAUCUUACCAAAGAGUGUUGUGAAGAUCAACCCUGUAACAACUCUACAGUGAAGGUUUACUGUUGUUAAUUGGUAUACAUCGGGGCUUUAUCUAACAUAUACUAUGACUAGGGCAGAGAUCGAGCCUGGUACCCAGGCAAAGGCUGAAAGUAAGCCUGGGGAUGAGAAUGCCAAUACCAAUACCAAUGCUGCUGAGGGAGAGAGUGAAGCCCCAUUGGUGGUCAGACCCAAGGUUAGAACACAGGUUAUGACUGGAGCAAGGCCCAAAGUUAGGCCUAAGAGUACUCCUGCACCCAGACCUAAGAGUGAGGCCAGUUUACCAGGUGGGGCAUAUGCUAAAUGCAAACCCAAGGCAAUCCCUAUUUCACGAUCAAAGAAUGAUGCCCAAGUCUGGGCUCCAAAUAGGUUUCGGGCAGAGCCCAUGUCAAAGAUGGGCAAGCAAAGUCAGAUCAGUCCUGCUGACUCUCCACUGGUCAAUACUGAUUCUGGGGUGAUUGCUCAAGCGAAGUGCCUCUCUGUAGAUAGAGAACAUGGUAAUAUGGACGCCGAGAGUUUUCCCAAAAAGGCUAAUUCUCAAGCAGGAUACCAGCCUUCCUUUGGUGCAGAUGAGGGAACCAAUAUGGGGUCCUGGUACCGUUCCAGGCCUACCCCCAAAGGAGAGGCCUAUGAGAAUUCUGAUUUCAGAUGGGCAGACAAACCCUCAGGAAGUUCCACUUUCUGGAAUAGGGAUGAAAGUAAUACAAGAUUUCGUCCUAGGAAAAACAUGAAGCCCAAUAAUACCAGGUUCAGACACAUGGCCAAACAAGAGGCAAACACCAUGUCUAGGCACAAAACCAAACAAGAGCUCUAUAAUAUUUCUAGUUCUGAUUCUGAAGAGGAGUCUGCUAAGACUCCCUGGUUCUGGGCCAAAGAGAAGCCCAAAGUCUGGUCUAGGCCCAGAGAAGAACCCAAUAAUAGGUCCUGGUUUAGGCCUAAGAAAGAAGUCCGUGUUGAAUCCACUUCUGGGUCUGACUGUGAAAAUCAUACAAAACCUACGUUCUGGUCUGGAGAAGAUGCCAAAUCUAGAUCCAAACCCAGAGCCAGGAAAGGGGUCAAUAUGAGGGCCAGGCACCAGGCCAAGCGAGAGGCUUGCAGUGAUGGCCUAUCUGGAUCUGUAGAUAAAAAUAAAAAAGAGUCCUGGUCCUUCCAUGAAGAUAAGGCUAGUGCUUAUUCAAAGUCGAAGCCAAAGAAAGAGCCCAAAACCAGAGCAGUGCCAAAGGAAGAAGUCAAAACUAAGACCAGAGCAAGUACCAAACAAGAAGCCAGGGCAGAGGAAGAAGUCUUCAUUGGGGCUUGGUUCUGGGAUACCCAGGAGUCCAGGAUGGUAGAUAGGAUAAGCACCAAGUCUAGCCUACUUGUAGAGGAGGAGCCAUUUGUUGGAGAUUGGUUCUGGAGUGAAGAAGAAGCCAGUGUGGACUCUGAGACCUGUUGUAAAUCCAGACCAAGGGCUAAGGAGGAACAAGUUAGUAGUUUUUCUUUAGGUUCUGGAAAGAAGACCAGUAUGGAAAACGGGCUUAAGGCUACCUCUAAGUCUGUGCCUGUAGCUAAUAAGGAGGAAAAGAACAUUGUUGGCUCCUGGUUCUGGGCUGAUGAUGAAGAUGUCAACUUACAGGCUGAUGAUGAGUCCAUUUUUGGAUCUUGGUUCUGGGGCAUUGGGGAGAACAGCAUGAGAUCUGUUGGAGUCAGUUGUGAGAAGAUGCCAAAGUGUGGGGACAAAGAAGUUACUGAUUCAUGGUUCUGGGCUGGAGAAGUCAAUACAGAGGCUGAGGUUGAAGAGCAGACCAGGCCAGCAUCUACAAAAGGGACAAUCUUUGUGCCUUGGUUUUGGUCUGAAAAACAGGCACAUGUGGAUUUAGGGACUGAACCUUGCUCUGACAUCAUGGCAGGAGCUGAGGAGGAACCCAUAAUUGGGCCCUGGUUCUGGGCUAAAGUAGACACUAAUGCAGAGGCUGAAGUUAACAGUAGGUCUAGCCUGGAGGAUGAGGAAGAACCCAUUAUAUCUCCUUGGUUUGGGGCCAGAGAACAAACCAAUAUGAAGUAUGCAGCUGGUGCCAGAUACAAGCCUAUGGCAGAAGCAGAGGAAAAUAAUAAAAGGUCUGGCCUCUGGGCAAAAGAACCCAGUUUGUGUCCUGCCAAUAGAGUAAGCUUGAAGUCUACUCUGAGAGAGCAAGAGAACACUGUUGAUUCAUGGCUCUGGUCCAAUAAUUAUCCAAGGUCAGAGGCCAUUGCAGGGUCCUGGUUAUGGGCUGCAGAAGAGGGAAAUAUAGAUAAUGAGACCGGAGAAGAGAUCAAGCUACCAACUUUAGAGGACAACAUACUCAAUUCUUGGUUCUGGAAGGAAAAUGAAGAAACUAUUGUACAGGCUGCCAACAGAGAGGAAUCCAAGCCAGAAGCUGAAGAGGAAGACAUCAUUGGCUCUUGGUUUUGGGCUGGGGAUGAGGACAGAUUUAAGCCAGCUACUGAGAUGAAUGAAGAGAACAAGGUAACAUCUGAAGAGGAAGAUACAGUUGGAUCCUGGCUCUGGGGCAAGGAAGAGGCUAGUCUAGAGGCAAUGAGAAGGGGCACUUUUGAGUCUACUCCUGGAAUUAAGGAGGAGGAAAUUAUUGGUUCAUGGUUCUGGACCGAAGAAGCCAAAAUAGGAGCUGGGUCGCAUACAGUCGAAACUGGGUCAGAAACUGAAGAGGAGGCGAUUUUUCAGUCUUUGAUCUGGGCUGCAAAAAAGGACAAUGCAGGAGUAAACCGUGUGUCCAAGUCAGAGGUUAGGGGUGAAAAGAAUGUGAUUGCCAGUGAGUCCAAUCCAGAAAAUGAGAAAGGGUCAAAUGUUAAACUUGGGUCAAAUGCAAAAGGUGAGGUGAUUAACAAGACCAGCAGUGGAGAUAACCGUGAAUCUAAUGCAGAAGCUGAAAACAUAGUGGGAUCCUGGUUCUGGGAAGGAGAUGAAACUAGUUUUGAAUCAAAUCCUACUCCUGUAUUCAAGGCCAUUUGCAAGCCUAAGUCUUCAGCUGAGCAGGAACCUGAUCCUUCCCGCAGACCCCAGAGCUGGGAUGAGGUCACUGUUCAGUUUAAGCCUGGUCCAUGGGGAAAGGCUGGCUUCCCAUCCAUAAGCCCCUUCAGGUUUCCAAAAGAAGCUGCAUGUCUAUUUGCUGAAAUGUUUGGGGGAAAACCUAAGCAAGAAGGAGAGGAGGAAUCUUCAUGUCAGUCUGAAAAUGAGUUCCCAUUUCAGUAUGAUCCCUCUUACCGAUCAGUCCAGGAAAUUCGAGAGCAUCUUAAGGCCAAGGAAAGUGCAGACCCUAACAACUGGUCUUGCAGCUGCAUACAGUGUGAGCUCAAAAUUAGCUCUGCAGAGUUUGAGGAGCUCCUUCUGCUAAUGGACAAAAUUCGCGAUCCUUUUGUCCAUGAAAUAUCUAAAAUUGCAAUGGGUAUGAGAACUGCUUCUCAGUUUACCCGAGAUUUCAUUCGUGAUUCUGGUGUUGUCUCACUUAUUGAAACCCUGAUGAAUUAUCCUUCUUCUCGAGUUAGGACUGAUUUCUUGGAAAAUAUGAUCCACAUGGCUCCACCUUAUCCCAAUCUAAACAUGAUUGAGACAUUUAUAUGCCAAGUAUGUGAGGAAACCCUUGCACAUGGUGUGGAUUCACUCGAGCAGCUAACUGGAAUAAGGAUGCUUAGGCACCUCACUAUAACUACCGAUUAUCACACACUGAUUGCCAAUUAUGUGUCCGGCUUUCUUGCCUUAUUGACCACAGGCAGUGCAAGAACAAAGUUUCAUGUUCUGAAAAUGCUAUUGAACUUGUCUGACAAUCCUAUGGUGGCAAAAAAGCUAUUCAGUGCCAAAGCUCUGUCAAUAUUUGUGGGUCUCUUUAACAUAGAGGAAACAAAUGAUAACAUUCAGAUUGUUAUUAAAAUGUUUCAGAAUAUCAGUAAUAUUGUGAAAAGUGGAGCAAUGUCUUUAAUUGAUGAUGAUUUUUGUCUUGAGCCACUUGUUUCUGCAUUCCAUGAGUUUGAAGAGCUAGCUAAACGGCUGCAAAUCCAAAUAGACAAUCAGAAUGACCCUGAGGAGGGACAGUAAAGUUCAUGUGAUUAACCACCCUCCACUGAUCAGCCUUAUGUUCCCAAAGAGCCCCAAAUAGUGCUUUGGUGUUCACAGUCUGGUUCCGUGUUGUAACUUAUAUUUUAAUGCUAAUGCUAACUUGUCAAACUCUUGUGAGCUGGAUCAUUUGUGGAUGCCAAAAUGAAUAUCAGAACUGAAAACACAUUUGUUGAUAUUUGUCUUACUGUCCAGCUUGUGAUAUUUUUAGUGUUGAGUUCCCAAUGAACCAAGACAUAUGAGUAAGCUAUCCUGCUAUUUGUUGUUUAAACAUGUGGUUCUCUACUUGAGUCUGUGUUUUCAAUAAAGUUCAAUGUUGAAAUUGGCAUAAA